CACGCACGCUUUCCCUCCCUUACUCGCGCCGCCGCGGUAGCUCCCGCGUACACCCGUAUCGGCGUCCACCCCGCCGCCGAGAUGCUGCGGGCCUGUCAGUUAUCGGGCGUGACCGCUGCUGCCCAGAGUUGUCUCUGUGGGAAGUUUGUCCUUCGUCCAUUGCGACCAUGCCGUAGAUACUCUACUUCAGGCAGUUCUGGAUUGACUGCUGGCAAAAUUGUUGGAGCUGGCCUUCUGUUUGUUGGUGGAGGUGUUGGUGGCACUAUCCUGUAUGCCAAAUUGGACUCCCAUUUCCGGGAAAGUGUAGAGAAAACAAUACCUUACUCAGACAAGCUCUUUGAGAUGGUUCUUGGUUCUGCACCUUAUAGUGUUCCAUUGCCAAAGAAGCAGAUUCAGUCUGGUCCACUAAAAAUUUCUGGUGUAUCAGAGGUAGUGAAAGAAUCUAAACAGCCUGCCUCAUACCUCCAAAAACAAAAGGGAGACACUCCAGCUUCAACAACAGCACCUACAGAGGCAGCUCAGAUUAUUUCUGCAGCAGAUGAUACACUGUCAGUUCCAGCCCCUGCGGUUCAGCAUGAGGAAUCUAUAAAGCCUGAUCUCCCUGCAGCUGGUGAAGGAGAACUCACGCCUGCAACUUCAGAGGACGCAUCCUCAUCUUCUGUCAGAGAGCGGCCACCUGAAGAAGUUGCGGCGCGCCUUGCACGGCAGGAGAAGCAGGAGCAAGUUGAGAUUGAGUCUAUAGCCAAGAGCUUAGAAGAUGCUCUGAGCCAAACUGCUAGCACCACUCUGCAGGCAGUCGCGGCUCAGAAUGCUGCUGUCCAGGCUGUCAGCGCACACUCCAGUAUACUGAGGGCGGCCAUGGACAAUGCUGAGAUUGCAGGAGAGAAGAAGUCAGCUCAGUGGCGCACAGUGGAGGGUGCGCUGAAGGAACGCAGAAAGGCAGUAGAUGAAGCUGCUGAUGCCCUUCUCAAAGCCAAAGAGGAGUUAGAGAAGAUGAAAAGCGUAAUUGAAAAUGCAAAGAAAAAGGAGAUUGCUGGGGCCAAACCUCACAUAACUGCUGCAGAGGGAAAGCUUCACAACAUGAUCGUCGAUCUGGACAGUGUGGUCCAAAAGGUCAAAGCAGCUCAGUCUGAGGCUAAGGUUGUAUCUCAGUAUCAUGAACUGGUGGUCCAAGCCCGGGAUGACUUUAAGCGAGAACUGGACAGUAUUACUCCAGAAGUACUGCCUGGGUGGAAAGGGAUGAGUAUUUCUGACCUAGCUGACAGGCUGUCGACCGAUGACCUGAACUCCCUGAUCGCGCACGCACAUCGUCGCAUUGACCAGCUAAACAGAGAGCUAGCUGAGCAGAAAGCCGCAGAGAAGCAGCACAUUGCACUAGCUUUGGAAAAACAAAAGCUGGAGGAGAAGCGGGCAUUUGACUCUGCGGUGGCCAAAGCCUUAGAACAUCACAGGCGUGAAAUAGUGGCUGAGCAGGACAGAAAGGUAGAGGAAGUCCGCGAUGCCAUGGAAAUUGAGAUGCGAACCCAGCUGCGCCGGCAGGCUGCUGCCCACACGGAUCACUUACGAGACGUUCUUAGGGUACAAGAACAGGAACUGAAAUAUGAAUUUGAGAAGGACAUGUCUGAGAAACUCGCUGAACAAGAGCUACAGUUUCGUCGUCUCAGUCAGGAGCAAGUUGACAACUUUACCCUGGAUAUAAACACCGCCUAUGCCAGACUGAGAGGAAUCGAACAGGCUGUUCAGAGUCACGCAGCUGCUGAAGAGGCAGCCAGAAAAGCCCACCAGCUGUGGCUCUCGGUGGAGGCUCUAAAGUACAGCAUGAAGACAGCGUCUGCAGACCUGCCCACUGUCCCACUGGGCGGCGCAGUCGAGGCCAUCCGAGUCAGCUGUGCUGACAGUGAAUUUGCCCAGGCCUUAACCGCAGCUUUACCUCCAGAGUCCCUGACCCGUGGGGUGUACAGCGAAGAGACCCUUAGAGCCCGUUUCUGUGCUGUCCAAAAACUGGCCCGAAGGGUAGCGAUGAUUGAUGAAACCAGAAAUAGCUUAUACCAGUACUUCCUCUCCUACCUGCAGUCCCUCCUCCUGUUCCCGCCCAGGCAGCUGAAGCCACCACUAGAGCUCUGCCCUGAGGAUCUAAACACCUUUAAGUUAUUGGCAUAUGCCUCCUAUUGCAUUGAGCAUGGAGAUCUGGAGCUGGCAGCAAAGUUUGUCAAUCAGCUGAAAGGGGAGUCGAGACGAGUGGCACAGGACUGGCUGCACGAAGCCCGCAUGACCCUAGAAACUAAACAGAUAGUGGAGAUCCUGACAGCAUACGCCAGCGCUGUAGGAAUAGGAACCACUCCAGCGCCGUAGGAAUAGGAACCACUCAAGAGCACCAAGAGUAAGGCCUAGGAAGAGUUUCUGUAAAGUGAUACUUACGUCAGAGGAAAUCAGCAGUGAUCUGUAUACGAGGGGUUUGCAGCAAGGGUCCAGAAUUGUCUAGAAAUGAGCAGGUUACAGCUACUGUUCUAAAUGUUAACACCUGUUGCAGUAAUAUUAUUUCCAUUUGCUAUCAUGUCGGUGAACUCCAAGAGAGUGCAUUCUUUGCAACUUGUGUAACAUUUUCCGUUUUUCAGGUUUUACUGAUGGGGCUUGUGAGCCAAUCAAAAUAAUGUUUGUGAUCCCUGCUACUAUUGAUUUUGCCCUUGGAGCAAACUGAAUAAAGCAACAAGAUGAACACUGAGUACUUUGUCCCUUUUCAAAAAGUGCCAUUUCUAGUUUGUUGUGUGUGCAGAAAAUUUCUUUGAAAAGCAGCAACAGCAGACGUAGAAAAUACUGGCCACACGGAGUUUCCAGGCUGAGAAUUAGGUCACCAGAUGUCCAAGGCCUGGUCUUGGCUUUGAAGGUUCUGGUGAAUUGAUUCCUGCUAGUCAAACUCAAGAGACUGAUGUACAAACCAGAACACCAAUGUUUGUGUUUAUAAUGAGGAAUACAGCUUUCUAGUGAUGGAAAGACACUGGAAAUAGUAUGUAUGCAAAGUUUUUUGAUUGCUACCCACAGGAGGAAAAGUAUAUUUUAUAUCGGGACCCAGUACACACACACACCCAUGUGUAUAUAUAAAAGUUUCUCAAGCCAGUGCUUACCCUUUCUACUUGAGAUGCUGUUUUCUAUUUUGCAUCAUUAAAAAGUUGGCCUGUUCUCUAUCAGCCAAAUUAAACAGCCCACAGACAGGUCACAGCUGACAGUUUUUAACACACUGGUAAUUGGCCAUGCUCCUUUCUGGUACCUGGACUGUGAAUGUUUUCACAGACGCGGGGGUUAGUGAGCCUGGACUUUAACAAAGGGAUUGAAUAAUUCUCUGGUGUAUUGAAUCUGCAUUGCCAUAAAACCCAGUCUCCUCAGCCCACCUUUCUGAAGAUUAGGGCACUUGCCAUGUUGGAUAAACACAAAUUCCUACCUUUUUUACUCCGUGAAGACCACCACCUCUACUUGAAGUUACUGUCAGUUUUUUCCUUCAAAUUUACAAUUUUUUGUUGGGGCUUACGUGUUCACAAAGGAGCCCUGGUGGCACAGUGGUUAACGAAAGGAUGGUGGUUCAAACCCACCAGCUGC